ACAGGCUCAGUUACUUUUCCCGCAACCCGUUGUGUGUCUUAAUAAGUUUGCAGUUUGUUAGGACAAGUAAAUUGGGAGGAAAAAGAAAAAAAGUGCUGUGUGUUAAAUAAAAUAAUGACUAUUUAGUGGCCUGACGUGUCCUGCUUCAGAGCUUCUUGUGGGGAGGAUAUGCUAACAUGAGAAUACCAACACAUUUCCUUGGACCGUAUUCUGAAACACUUUCUCGCUGCACCUCUAGUUGAAGUCACACUGUUUUUUUUUUAAGUCUCUUUACGGUUCUAGUGACAGAUGAAGAAAAUUUCUACAUUAUUAACAGGAGAAACACUCUCGACAACCCAGCUAAUUAUCUCUGUGGUCUUUGAAAACAGUCGUAGUGAGAAAAGUGAAUACGGGUGCUUGAUACCAGAGAGACAAUGGCUGUAAAGGCGGGGAGGCUAUGGUGCGUACAGAACGUGCCGUACAGGAAUUCAAGGCCUCCUCCUCUCUUCCUGACGGUGACGCUGACGGGAUUCUGUCUCUUGGCUGUGACGGUAGUACGGUGCUGGCCGCGACGGGAGGAGCGCGUGAGGGUGGUGGUGACGGCGGGGCUGGCCAGUGACGACCCCGCUGCUGAGUCAGAGCUGAGGCAACACUGGCUGAAUGCUCCCUCCUCGCUGCCUUACAAUCUGAGUGGUACCGAGAAAUACAUGAGUGUGGCCAGGGGUGACACUUGGCCUUUCAUUCACCACUACAUCAAGAGGCUCUUCUCAGGGGAGACUGACGGCUUCUUCGUGGAGGCGGGGGCGCUGGACGGGCAGGUGCUGUCCAACACGCUGUGGCUGGAGCGCGAGUGUGGGUGGCGCGGCCUGUUGGUGGAGCCUGAUCCCUUCAGCUACUCCUGUCUCCUCACCAAGCACCGCAAGGCGUGGACCUCCAACACGUGCCUCUCUCCGAGCGGCCUCACCAACACCUCGGUGCACGUGUCUCUCAGCCUCGCCCCGAUGUUCACGUCCCCUCGCUGGUACAUGAAGGGCGCCUCGCACGAGCUGGGGGUGACCAUGCGUAACCCUUCCUAUGACAAUUACCUGAACAGUGGCGUCAAAUCUUUCUCCCUUGUGAGCUGCUUCCCGCUCGCCACCUACCUGAGGGCCCUCAAUGUGACCGUCGUUGACCUGCUCUCGCUCGACACGCAGGGCAGCGAGAUCAGCAUCAUCAAGACUUUCCCGUGGGAGAAGGUCCACGUCAGGGCGGUGGUGGUGGAGGUCGCGGCCCCGGAGUUCCAGCAUGACUUCGUGGAGUACAUGCGUGGCCGAGGAUUCACGCUGGUGGGGCACUACAAUGACUACAUCUUCGUGCAGGAGGGGGAUGCUGCACUCGCGAGGCUCAGAGCGCAGGAUGGAUGGUACGUGGUCGUACAGGAGAAGUGACGCGUCUACUUAAUGGCAGAGAGAGAGAGAGAGAGAGAGAGAGAGAGAGAGAGAGAGAGAGAGAGAGAGAGAGAGAGUUUGUGAUAGGCUACUACAACUCAAAUCAUGGUUCGGUUAUGUACAGUAGCGAUCAUAAGUUGUGUUCUGCUUCAUCGCCAUGAUGAGUCGUAACCAGUUCGUGUUUCUCCCCUAUUUCCACUUAUAAAUAAAUGAAAGAUCAGGACGGGUUAGAUUGCUGGUGUCCCGGUGUACGAGAUGUAUGUUAGGUUUUGUAUAUUUAAGAGGCUGGUAGGCAAUGGGAUUAAAUACUGAACACCUGCCUUGCCACUUUGUCAUUUCACUUCAUUCGAGAGGACAUUCGAGAGGCUCCUAAGAGGUGCUUGAGAGUAGAAAUAGUAGUAGUAGUAGUAGUAGUAGUAGUAGUAGUUUAACAUACACACAUACAUACACACACACACACACACACACACACACACACACACACACACACACACACACACACACACACACACACACACUAAUGAUAAUGAUAACAGUGAUAAUAAUAAUAGUGAUAAUAAUAAUAAUAAUAAUAAUAAUAAUAAUAAUAAUAAUAAUAAUAAUAAUAAUAAAGUAAGAAUGAAUAGACAACUUCUUUGUUAGUUAUAUUUUCAUGGUUCUUGUCUAAUAUUUAAGUAAAUCAUCAUAAUCUUUCUCUCUUCAGCAACAGCGUCUCAUAAAAACCCAUCCCUUCACUCAUACUUUACUUAAAACCUACAUACGUAUACUAUGUGCCUAUGUAAAUUAUAACUUGUACUGUUUAUUAGCUUCCAUCAAAUAGUUGACAUUGUUUCUCGACAGCCCUCCACAGUCCACACCAUCAUGGGCAUACCUAUUGUACUGUACUCGUAACUUCCUCUUCCCUCGUGUCUGAAUUAAGUUCCUCGUAUUCUUAAACGUCUCAUUUCAGUAACUUUCAUCACUUUACUGGGCAUUACUCGAGGUCUUCAAGGGUAUUUUCAAGAUUCCAAUAACAAUAUAACGAGAAUUUUACCCUACAAC